AAGCCCAAAACCUCCAGUUAGGGCGCCAAAUAGCAACCACCACCACUGAAAUCUUCAGCUCGCGAUAACGACCUCUGAAACUGAAUCCAUCUUCUCCAUCUCUCUCUAGCAUGUGAAGAAAAAGAUUCGAAAAGCUGUAAUAAUCAUGAAGUCCAAGAAAACGUCACCGCCGAUUCUGGAAGCUCACAAGAAACCGAAGAAGGCGCCCAAGUUCUUCGGCCUCGCCACAUUUGCGGACCCGGGUUGCCCCAUUUCCCCCACCGGCCCGUUUUUCGAGAACGUCCGGUUCUUCCUCCAGCAAUGCGCCGAGCUUGAGGACUAUGAGGUUGAAGGAAUGCCCGUCUGGGUCACCUUUCUGGUCCACGAAAGCAGAGGAUUCGCAGCUCCUCUUUACACCAUUGAGGAGGCUGUCCAGAGCUCGGCGGCGCACCAAGUCUGCAACCACUGCAGAUAUGCCGGAUGGGGACACCAUUUAGUCUCGAAGAGGAAUUAUCAUUUUAUAAUUCCCGCUGAUGACGACUGGAAUCAGCCACUGACGGAAGGGUUCCUUGAUCUGCAAACCCAUCUUCUUCAUGGGAUGAUUCACUGCAACGGGUUUGGUCACUUGCUCUGCAUUAAUGGAAUUGAAGGCGGAUCGAAAUAUAUUUGUGGGAAAGAUAUAAUGGACCUCUGGGAUCGUAUCUGUUCCAAUCUCCAAGCUCGAAGUAUUUCAGUUGAGGAUCUAUCUAAGAAGCACUCAAUGGAUUUGAGAUUACUCUAUGGGGUAGCAUACGGCCACUCAUGGUUUGGGAGAUGGGGUUACAGAUAUGGGCAUGGAUGCUUCGGAGUGAUGGAACAUGACUAUGAAAGAGCUCUACAAAUCCUCAGCUCAUUAGACCUUGAUCAGGUCAUUGACAAUUUCAGUCAAUCCACCUGUGCAUUUGAGAUCAGCCAAACAAUCCUCUUUUACAGAAACCUAAGCAAUGCUCAUCAUCUCCACACCCUCCGGGAUCUAUUCAGAUUCAUGAUCUCUCUGAAGUUAAAGCUACCUCUAGGAGCACCAUUUCUUCGACCCUGUUCUUCGAAACGUUUGGUUAGGACUACCAUUCAGUGUAAGCCUCCAGGAAAGAAGGACAGAUCAGCAAGGUGCAGAAAGUUUGCCAGCCUUGCAGCCUGCAUGGACAGCAGGUGGCCUAUUAGAAGGCUUGAAUUCACUGCCAAUGUGAUCGUCGAUGCCUUGAGGGAGAAGAAACUAGAAUCCAAAUCUGGGAUGACUAGGCAAGAGGUAAGGGAUGCUGCACGGGCCCACAUUGGGGAUACCGGGUUGAUCGAUCACGUCCUGAAGUCCAUGAACAAUGUGAUCGUGGGCAGUUAUGUGGUCCGCCGUGCAGUUAAUAAAGCAACAAGGGUAUUGGAGUACACAAUUCAAGAGCUCAAUGAUGGAGUUAAAGCAUCGGAGCAUUCUUCCAUUGCAGGAAGUGAUGUUUUUGAAGAUCUUUACUGUCUAUACACUAAUGUGCUAUUGGUGUACCACAAAGAAUCUCAAACUGUGCUUGACACGAAGCAUUUUGUGAAGGAGUGGCCAUUCAGGGAUGAGCUUGAUGACUUGCUCAGGUUCAUCUGUGUGGUAAUAAUCCCAAUCUCGACUGAAAUGGAAACAGUCAUCCCUAAAGAGCACGUUGUGGUCCCACUUCACUCAACAAUUGGUGAUCUGAAACUGGCCGUGCAGGCGGCAAUGAGGGGAACUUAUUGUGGCAUGGAGGGGUUCGUGGUGAGUGACAUAAAGGGGUUGGAAGGAGUUCGGGAUGAUGAGGUCAUUUUCGGGAUUGUCGAGUCGGGGACUGAGAUUUUAGUGACAGGGGUUGGGUUGGAUUCGGAGAGCGACAGUAUGAAGUGGACAGUGGAUUGCAGGUGUGGGGCCAGGGACGAUGAUGGGGAAAGGAUGAUGUCAUGUGACAUGUGUGAGAUAUGGCAGCACACUAGGUGUCUAGGGAUUAAGGAUGACAUGGCGGUGCCACCACUGUUCGUGUGUGAGGCUUGUUGUGGCAGGCUUGUCCCGCCUGCCCCGCCAGCUGGAUUUGGUGGGGGAGGAUUCAUGGAGCUUGUUGGGUGCCACGAGAGUGCUGCCCUUAUCCCUUGGCUACUAGAGCCUGAUACUUCACUCUAUUUCUGAAGUAGUGGUUAGGCAUGUUCAGAUAUGGUGAUGUAAAUCAGUCACCUGGUUUUUUUGCUUGUAUAGAAUUCGUUGUUAGUCCUUUCUUUCGUUUUUUUGUGUGUGGCAAUCUGUUCUGUUGUGGAUAGAUCAAUCAUGUAAAGAGAAUUGCUUAUGGAUGGAAACAGAAUUGCGACUUUGGUUGUAAACUUGGAUGCAUUUGGUGAAGUAACUGAAGUUGAAUGCAAUUGGCAAAGAGCGUA